AGGCGCCGUUUUUGCAUAAAAACCACUAGGCAGCGAGUUGGGGUUUUUUGCUGGCUUCGUUUGGCACUUAAAGUAUCAAUGUCAAACAUAAAAUAGUAAAAACUUGAGUUUUUUGUGGUUUUAACGCGAUUACAUUGUGAAUGAGUGCAAAAACUUGAAUUUAGUCUUAUUGUAGUGUUUGUAGUUGGGGGUUAUAAGUCUAGAAAAAUGAACAAAAUACACGCUAUUUAUUUAUUUUUGGGGCUCUACUCCGUCACAGGUGCACCUGUAGAAAAGUCAAUGUAUGAUGCCAUUCAAGAAAAAUGUCCGAGUGUCUCCUCAAUUCUCUCAUUUAAGACGCAGCCAUUAUUUAAAAUUUGCAAAGACUGGAAGAAUAUUAGUGAAAUAAGUAAAUUGACAGAAGCUAAUGCAGCUAAAAUACGUUGUUUGCUAUAUUAUCAAGCAUUUACUAAAUAUUGUACUCAGACUCAAAUUGUCAACACAACUGUGUCUCGUGAACUGGAAUAUGAUCUUGAUACUAUGUGUGAAUAUAUAAAAAGUAUGCCACAUAAGAAUUUAAGCACCAUUUUUGCAAAUCGGAAUAAUUGUGAAACAAUUUGCACCGAUGAACUUGAAUUGCCUCACUCAGUGUGUAAAAUUUCAUAUUAUUUUGCGCAUUUGGAUGUGAAUAAGCCUCCUGAAGACCCUAGUAAGACAGACAAUAUUGUUCAACAAAGUCAAAUUACACAAGAUAAACUUCAGUCUGGAAACUCACUACCUAAUCCUGCUCCUGCAAACUCUGCUGUAGAUCCUGGAAUAAGCGAAGAUAAAGCCCUAAAUAAAACAACGCAGAAAACAACGUCACAGAAAGAUAUUGCACCAGCUGAUACACAGCCACAGCACGAAAAUCCAUCAUCAAAACAAGCAGAAACUCCUAAUUCUGAAAGCUUACAAGAUAAAGUUCUAUCUCAAACAGCUCAAAACCCCCAAGCUGACCAAACUCGAGUCGAAAAUCAAAAUUCUGUCUCCAUAGAUAUUAAAAAAGUUAAAGCGAUUGUACCAAAUCCGCCCCAAGAGGCUAAAAAGGUUGAAACGGUUAAACCAAAUCCGCCCCCAGAAACUAAAAAAGUUGACGCGGUUGAGGCAAAUCCUGCGAAUCAGCAGGAUUUGCAGCAGGAGGACAAAAUGCCUGAUGAUGACGACGAGGACGAGCAGCCACCAGACCAGCUAGAGGAUGAUAUUCCAGAAUCGAACUUGAACGCUGGUCGCGUCUCAAAACCAUCGAAACUCGACGAGUCCGAACCUGUGAAUUACUCCUCAGAAAUGGAAAACGACUCUUAUUUCUUCACGUAUUUCAUGGUGCUGUGUGUGAUUUUCAUCGCCGGUUAUGUGUGUUAUCACAAUAAACAAAAGAUUCUCGCAUUGAUUUUGGAGGGACGCAGGGGCAAAAGACAGUACAGAGGGCGAAGACCGAAUUCUGCCAAUUACCACAAAUUGGACAGCAACUUGGAAGAAGCCAUUAGCUCGUCGUGUAAGAAAAACACGAGUAAUGUGAUUUACUGAAUUUGGAUUCUUUGUAAAAAAUGUACAUAAAUAGAGACGCAUCAAAUUUUCUAAAUUUAUACGGUGUGGAUAGAGUUGUGUUUUGUGUUGGAGCCAAGUUAGAUAAGUUUCCUGAUUGUAUUAAUUUAUUCAAGUUAUAUAAUAAAUUUUUUUCAUAUC